CACAGGGUUAAAGUAGUACUUCUCAAUUUCCAUCACGUUCCUUUUUACAUGACAACGUUUUAACGUCUGGUGUGUUUAUUAAAAUAACCACCUUUUAAAGAGACAUAUCUCGAAUCAACCCCUUCACUCUCCUAAACAUGCUGGUCAUAUUGGUGUCUGUAAUCACAUUCCAUAUAAUAUCAGCUGUACUUCUCUUCGUUUCGACAAUAAGCAAUGCUUGGUGGGUGUCUGAAAAUUUCUAUGUUGAUCUUUGGUUUGCCUGCAACAGCACCUGCUUUCCUGUCAUCAACAGUGAAUCGAAAGGAUAUCUUCAGGCUGUCCAGACCACCAUGAUACUGGCUACCAUAUUGUGCUGCGUGGGAUUUAUUGUAUUCGUCCUUCAGCUCAUCCGUCUGAAACAAGGAGAGAGAUUUGUUAUUACCUCCCUUGUCCAGCUGGUCUCUGCAUUCUUUAUUAUGAUUGGAGCUUCUGUUUACACCGCACAUCAUGAGAAUUUCCAGGCGAAGUCAUUCAAAGAUGGGAAUUAUGGUUACUCCUUUGUCCUAGCGUGGAUCGCUCUCCCAGUCACCAUGAUCAAUGUGUUAAUGUACGCAUUCCUCAGAAAGCGUAAAUAGGACACUCGUGCCUGUAGCAAGCAACAAACAUUUACUGGUGUGUGUAAUGUCCUAUAGAUUGAGUUUCUUGGUGUACAGGCAUAGUAACCUGUGAGGCAGAUUGGAUAAACAUUCCAGUAAAUGGAGCUGUUUUGUAUUUUGCAUUGAAUUAAUGGUCACAACAUCAUCACCUACAUCAGAUCAGCGUAAUCAAUAUACAGUCAAACCUCGUAUUGCGGGUAACUUGGUUUGCGAGUGUUUUGCAAGACGACCAAAAUUUUUUAAUAAAUCAUAACUUGAUAAACGAGCGAGGUAUUGCAAUACGAGUAUUACGUGUACGCUUUGUCUACCGAGCGUCACGUAAUCACAACUGAGCCGAUGGUUCUUCUCUCUCUUUCUGUGGGAUUGUGGCUAAUCAUCUCCCAUGCUCGUCUCAGUUGGUGUGCCUCACUCGUAUAGUCAAAAUUUACUAGAAAAACACCCUGAAUAAGGGUGUAGCAGUGCGAUCGAUGAAUCUGUUUAACAACAAUGCAAUGUCCUCAUUUCCACGAAAUCGAGAAGGAGGCAAAAGCGGCUGUCAUUGGAUAGGUUACUUGUUAAAGUCGCACAAAAAGAAAAAGAUUCCCGUGAGCCAACAGAUAGCAGUGAUUCCGUUAGUUAUAGUGAAAGUCGUCCUACAAAGUAACCCUCCUCUUCUCUCUCUCGUCUCCCUCACAUCAUCCACAAUUCUUUUCAAAGGUAAAGUGUAGGUUAAUUUGUUUUAUGUAUUUUUACGUUAUAUUUUGUAUCAAUCAUUUUAAUAUGAUUUUUUUUGGUUUGUGGCACGAAUCAUCUGAGCUUCCAUUAUUUCUAAAGAGAAAAUUAGUUUUGAUAUACCAGUUUUUUGGAUUACAAGCAUGUUUCCGGAAUGAAUUAUGCUCGCAAUCCAAGGCUUUACUAUACUAGAACAGGGGUGGCGAACUUUAUCCAUGGAGAGCUUCUGUGGAUGCAGAAUUUUGGGAUGACCUCUCAAUCAGCCAAUAACAGUAAGUCCCUAGGACUGGAGUUGAGAACUACUGCUUUUUAUUGGCUGAUUGAGAGGUCAUCCCCAAAACCCCACCCACACCAGCUCUCCAUGGAUCAGGUUCACCACCCCGGUACAAGAAUGAGUGGGUAUGCCCAGAUUCCAUAACUCCAAGAGAGGCACCUUUUGUAUGUCAUGCAAAUUUGUUAUAUAUGUAUGUAUAAAUAGUAAUGGCUUGUAAUGAAAUUUGUUGGUUUACACAGUCAAACUCUAUA